AUGACCUUGCGUCUCACCUCCGCUCCGGUAUCAGGUAUCAAAAAACGCAAAACCUCUGCUCCCAAACCCCGCGCGUCGCCUUUUGCCGGUCAUGCGCGCCGCAAACCUACAUCUGGCGGCCUAAAACCGCCUGCAGAUCUUGGUUCCGAUGAUCCGCUUCCAGAUAUAGGCGGAUCUCAUUUUAUAUCGAAGACUGCACCGGUGCAGAAUGUACUACAGGCCAUUCAAUAUAUCCGUGAUGGUAUGUUUGAAGAACUCCCGGCACGGGCGGGGAUGAACAGCACGCGCAUUGCGGAAGUCCUCAAUCUACGCCGAUCUUUGCCUCCGCUCGCCUCUGUGGCCCAUGUCCAUACCCUUUUAGAGGCACCGACACAGGUGGAAAGGGAAAUCGUCGAAAAUAUUCAAACGGGUCGGAUUCGGCGACUCAUUAUACCCGGUCGAGGCAAUGAUGCCGCAGGGCUGGGCGAUUGUUUGGUGCUAGCAGAGGAUUGGGACAAGCUGGUGCAGGAAAGUCCUGCAUUGGAACAACCGGUCAAGGAGAAAUUCCUUGAUAUUCUGAAACGUAUUGGGACUUCCUCGGCGAUAUCGCAGGGGGUCUUCACGACAGAUGAGUACAGGGCCUUGCUCCGGGCUGGGUUUAUUGUCUCCUCGUCUUCUUAUACACAGGGCACAUUAAGUAUUGCAUCACUUCCUAGUUUACCUCAAGUGGCGACUUCGUCAGCAAGUCGGAGCGAGUCUAUCUCGCAUUCCAAGCCCCCCGUGCAGUCAGCUGCCCAGGCUCGUGCAGCAACUCUGUUCUUGUCCCUUCCUAACACGGGCACAUAUCUCCGCUUGUUAGGAUCAGGUCGUGCACAUCUGCUCGCUCUUCUCCGGCGGUCCGCGUCUGGCGAAGCCCCUCUGGGUCUGUUGAAAGAUCGAUGGGAUGGAGCUGUUGAGACUGAGAAGAGUUUCCAUGUAGCCAAGCGAGCCCGUGGUGAGUUUGCAGGGGUCCUGCCGGGUAAAACUAGGAAAUGGAAAGAGCUAUAUGGGAUGCACUUUCGAUGGGUGCUUGAAGAAGCAUUAGGCGCGGGACUUGUGGAGAUGUUUGAGACUGGCAGCGUUGGACCUGGGAUCCGCUGUCUAUAG